AUGCCAGUGACACUUCCGGCUCCAAGCAGCCGUCGCAUGCCUCUCAGUUGCGAGCCAUGUCGCCAACGGAAGAUCAAGUGCCCACGCAACAUCAACCGUGGCCGAAUUGCUUGCGACACUUGUGUACGUAGAGGCAUUCCUGUCACUGAGUGUAUCUAUCUUCGAGAUCAAUGGUCACGGCGUAACGUCCCGAUGCCUCGACAUGGCGACAACUCGGCUCUUGUGGCUCGCAUAGAUCGGUUGGAAGAAUUACUGCGUCAAAGCCUAUCGAGUGCAAAUUCAGAGCCUGGAACACUAUCUGCAGAACUGGAACUGGAACCGGAACCAUUACCGGAAAUGGAACCGACAACAGAGUUAUUGUCGCCAGAAUCGACUCUGCAUCAGUCGGCAGCCACCUCCUCUUCCGUCCAAAGUGAUGCGUCUCUUACCCAAACCUAUCGAGGUGUACCACCAGUUGGGGUAAUUAUCCGAUAUGCAUCUGGCCAUGAGCGAUUUGAGCCAGCGUCUCUACAAUGGUCGUCCGUAAUCCAAAACAAUCCUGUUGUGGGAGGCGUAAAGACAGACAUGGACGAGAACAGGCCAGGCUCGAUGCCUUUUUCCUUGAUUAACACAGACAUCACUGAGCUUCUAGAACUACUCCCUCCUGCCUCGCAUUGCGAGCAGUUGAAGGACAUCUACUUUAAUACUUUUGCACCUCUUUUCCAUAUCUUACACGACCCCACGUUCGAGACAGGUUACCUUCAAUUUCAAUCUGACCCCGAGAAAGUAUCGUUGCCUUGGCUGGCGCUUUUGUUCGCCAUACUCAGUAUCGCCGUCAUCGCCCUGCCUCAAGAUAGCCUUCUUCUUCGAGAGUUGGGCAAGCGCAAUUCUGCGCCUGAUAACAUGUCAUUAUUGAGUAGCCGCUUCAGAGGAGCAGCCAUGAAGUGCCUAGAAUCAGACCACUAUCUCUGGAGACACAAUCUGAACACUCUACAAGCCUUGGUAAUUCUAAUCUACGGAAUCAAUCACACUCAUGGGCACUCUUGGGCUUUGCUUGGAGCAGCACGGAAUAUCGCACUCUCUCUGGGCUGCCAUGUUGACCCAACAGUCUUCCAAAUGGAGCGGAUCAGGGUGGAAGAGAGACGUCGAUGCUGGGCUGGGCUAAAAAUGCUUUACACAAUACAGAACACAACACUGGGCUUCUUGGAUGCCGCUCAUAUACCUUCAACCGUGAGACCACCGCUUGAUAUCAACGAUAAUGAGCUUGUGGCUGGUUAUCAAAUUCCCCAGUACCGAGAUGGGCCGACCCAGAUGUCGUACUUAUUACUCAAGUUUGAACUUUACGAUCUCUGCACUCGCAUCUGUAGUCAGGUGUUCGAAAGUUCACGCACGCCUGGGUACGACAAGUUCCAGGCCCUCGAUGCAGAGAUCUCAGCUAUGCGAGAGACACUCAAUUACAGAUAUGUGUUUGACGUCUCAACUGUAGCUCAUCAUUCCGUCCAACUCAAUAUCCUGUUCGGAUAUACACACCAUCUCACCCUCUUCCUCCACCGACCGGUCCUGAAACAAGGCGCCUCUGGCUAUUCUGUCAAUGACUGGGUGGCUUCACAAACUAAAUGUAUUAACAGUUCUAAAGAAUUGAUUAGUAUACAUCGUACGCUUCAUGAAAACCCAAUCUUUCUUCCAUACCAAUGGUAUAACCGUGGACUAGGAAGCUUUCACGCAUUUCAUGCUGCGGUUUGUCUAGCUCACAUCUACAUGAGUGGUACAAACCUAGAUACUACCACCAAGACUUCCUUUGCCGAACUUAUUCGCGAAUCACUUCCAAUUUUUCGAUAUUUUAUGAAGACUGGGGAUCAUCCUGAUUCGAGUGCAAGGAGCGAGACUGUAUAUAAUCACGAAGAUUCGUCUCAUCAACGCGAUAUCAGGCUACUCGAUGAGUAUAUUGAGAAUCUGGCACCCCAGCAAUGGCUUUCUCCUUCCAAUAUGGGUUGGGAAGGCUGGGCAAUGAUUUUGGAUGAACCUGUAGCAAAUGUAUUUGGAGCGUAA